AUGGAUACACUAUUGUCAUUGCGCGUAGCAAUUACUGAAAUCGUGAGCCCAAAGCCCACGGAACUCAUUCCAGCGUCUAUAGGUUGUGAAGAAAUUGAGGUGGCAGCUCUUUGCGGUAUACUUGCUCGUGGUGGAGUGCGCGUGACAGUCGCAAAUGUUGGAGGAGAGCUUCACCAUGUUGUAAAGCUGGCCCAGGGCACUGGUGUGCAAGCGGAUAAGCCGAUCGAGUUUUGCGUUAACGAUGCGUACGAUGUCAUUGCUGUGCCUGGUGGACGCUUAGUUUUGCUUAACGGUCUUGAAGCUGGUAGCUUUCACUUGCUCAUUAAAAAAUUAUCCUUAAGUGCAAACAUGAUGGCUGGCGGAACAUCAGCGUACACUGCACUGGAAGAUGAAGACCUUCCAGUUCAGGCAAUACCUUACGUGAAGCCUCAAGCUUUAAUCGUAGUGACAGACGGCAGCGACGAACUCGAGACAUUAACACUAUCCGAUGUUUUCGUCCGCGGAGGGCUGCAUGUAAUCAUCGGCGCUGUCGGGCGAGUAAAGAAUAAUAUCAUAGUGGGCAACUACGGCUUGCACAUUCAGGCUGAUAAGGCUAUCGAAGAAUGCAGUUUCGAGAGCUUCGAGCUAAUUGUUGUACCUGGGGGUGAUGGAGCGAGCCACUUGCGUGACUCAGAGCUGUUAAUUAAAAUGCUACUGUGGCAGAAGCAAGCUGGACGUUGGAUUGCGGCAAGUUCGUCGGCACCUGCGGUUGUGUUAAACCCACAUGGGUUGCUUAAUGACCGUGCGACGUGUUCACGUACCCACGAGCAUUUAAUGACUCGCAUGUUUGUGGACGAAGAUGUAGUCGUCGACACUCGGUGCGUGACAAGCCAGGGCGCAGGCACGGUGCUAAAGUUUGCACUUGUGCUAGUGAAGCUGCUAAACGGGGGAGCUGACUGCUCACAGAGCUGCGAGCGAACUCUUGUAUUCUUUGAUGUAAAUUUCGUACAAUUGAGUACUGCUCCAUACUGCGAGUGCAUUUCGAACACACUUUUGCGUAAAAUGAACCAUGAGAUCGUAACACAAUUUUGCACCCGAACAUCCAUUGUUCAAUGA